AUGCCUGGCGCCCGGCCUGAGCACCUCAAGCUCCUCCAAAGAUCCCACAAUUUGCAGGCCGCGCCCCCCCCCCGCCCAUCCGGGUGUCCGCAAGGCCCCCCCUUCCAAGGGAGCCGAUGCGCCCCAGCCCCAACUCCGGAUGCCUGGACUGAGCACUUUCGGACACUGCCGGGCAGACGCAGCGCUGGGGAGUCCCUUCCCCUUCCCCAGACCGGACUGCCAGCCUCGGGGCGCACACAACAGGCGACACCGCACAACCCUCCAGAACGUGGAGCUCAGGUGCUGGUCCCAGCGACAGGGCGGGACAGGCAGGCGCCUCACAGCCCAUCGGGGCGCCAGGGACCAUCAAGGAGCGCCCUCCCCCGACCCCCACGAUCCGGGGACCCUCACUCGCACGGCGCACAAAGCCCAGGGCGCAGCCCGGACCGGCCUCCCGCCCUCGCCGCACAGGCGGCCUCCGAGCUCCGCGCCACCCCCGCUCCCCGACUCGGCUGCCCCGGGGCCCCAUCCUCCCGCCCCGGCGUGGGCGAGCUCCGACAAGCGUUGAGGCGACCUGCCCGCCCGGUGCCCGACGCCCAGAGCCGAAGGAGCAAGAAGAAAAGACGCGGAGAAGGGGAGCGCUGCCUCCUCCCGGACUUCCAGAACACCCUCCCCAAACUGUCCCGCGCCCGCCGCCGCCCCGCCGGCAGGGGGCACAGCGGAAAACCCGGGAGCGGUGGAACAAGCGAGGGGGGCCGACGGGUGAGGAGAGCCCCCCGGAGCCAGGCUCCGGCUCCUACCUGGAGCAAGUCCCGAGUCCCAGGCGUCCGACUCCCGUCUGCUCGCGGACCUUCCCCGCCGGCGCCUAGCCACCCGCUCUCUCUCUCUCUCUCUCUCUCAGCCCCUCGGCCAGGGCAGCCAGACGUGCGCUCCCGACCGCCCCGCCCUCCGCCCACGCCUCCGGACCGCCCCGCCCCUAUCCGCCCCGGAGGGCCCGCCCCCCCACCAGGCUCCGCCCCUUCCCGCCCCGUGGUGGCGGGGGACUCUGGUGAGCUGCUGGUGGUGCUCACUCAGAGUGGGUCUGGUGGACGCACGUGGAGCGCAGCCCGCCCCGCCCCGCCUCGGACCCAACCAAGUCUCGCCGAGGGGUGCGAGGAGUCGGGUGCGGGAGAUGAUGGGACAAGCAAUCCCUUUCGGAGUCUAGGGAGCGCAGCCAGGUUCACAUGGACGUGA